AUGGAUGGUUUGCAAGGAUCCAGUACGAACGUUAACCGGAAACGGAGGAGCAAUUUCCUGACGCUGGUGGAGAAGGUUCGCAUAAUUGAAGAUUUUGAAGCAGGAGGUGGUACGCAUGACUUUCUUGGGAAGAAGUACGGCGUAGGAUCUUCUACGGUCACGAGAAUAAUCCAAAAGAAAGAAGCAAUUCAUGAGGCGGUGGACAAGUUCAAGGAAUAUGGUGUAAAUAAUCGAAAAACAUUGAAAGAGCAGACGUUCCCUUUGCUGGAAGAAGCUCUUUACAUCUGGAUUUUACAGCAGCGGCAGUCCAACAUUUUGUUGACAGUGGAUAUUCUUAAAGCAAAGGCGGAGCUGCUGUUUAAGAUGUUCCAGGACCGGGGGCUCUAUGCGGUGCACGGUUUUGAAGCGUACCUAAAUUUCAAGAAGGUUCUACAGAAGAAGAUUCCGGAAAUGCAGCUAUCACUAUCCCAAGUCUUUAAUGCAGAUGAAUCUGCCUUGUUCAUCAAGCUCCUAGCCACACGCUCUGUCGUUACCUGUGAUGAGACCGUGGCAAGCGGACGGAAGCAAAACAAGACAAGGUAUACGUUUAUGCCUUGCUCCAACAUAGAUGGUUCCCUAAAGCUUCCGUUGUAUUUCAUUUGCACUGCUGCAAAACCACGAGCAAUCAACAUCGAAGAACUUCCCGUUUCAUAUAAUCAUUCCAAAAAGGCUUGGAUGACCAGACUGUUGUUCCGUUAA